GACUCUGAGUAUUUAGACAUUCUGGUACGAGAAAAAAAACAACUGUUUUGAUAUAACAAUGUCUGGAAGAGGUAAAGGCGGUAAAGGACUCGGGAAAGGAGGCGCUAAGCGUCAUCGUAAGGUUCUGCGGGAUAACAUCCAGGGCAUCACCAAACCCGCCAUUCGUCGUCUCGCUCGCCGCGGCGGAGUCAAGCGUAUCUCCGGUCUGAUCUACGAGGAGACCCGCGGUGUGCUGAAGGUGUUCCUGGAGAACGUGAUCCGCGAUGCUGUGACCUACACCGAGCACGCCAAGAGAAAGACCGUCACCGACAUGGACGUCGUGUACGCGCUGAAACGACAGGGACGCACUCUGUACGGCUUCGGAGGAUAAACACAUUACUGUUCUCAACAAAACCCCAAAGGCUCUUUUAAGAGCCACCCACAUCUAUGAAAAGAGUAUGUCUAUUAUUAUUGUUAUCAUUAGUGUUGUUAUGGUUUAGAGUGACUUAAUUGCAAUGCACACUUUAAUGUUUCUUUGUUUCACAUAAUAGAAUAAAAUAUAUUUUAUGGGGAAAAAAAAACGAAUUAGAGUUGCUUAUAAAAAUAUAUAUAUAUAUAUAUAUUUCAAGGGAUUUAUCUGAUACGUAUAUUAAGAAAUGCUUCAUGGGUCCAUUCAAACAGAGUUUCUUUGACGCAAAGUAGUGAAACGUUUUGGAAACAUACCUGUUUAUCAUGAAUGUAAGCGGGAGAGUAAGACAAUGAAACGGUGCUUGUAUGGAGGGCUAUUCAGGGGUGGAGACUAUGGAGCGGGUGUCUACGCAGCCCGCCUUUUCCCCCCAAUUAGAUACCCGCUAAGACAGUCGUUGCGUAAAUGCACCCAAUCACAGAGAACUAUACUCCAGCCAUUUCACAUGAGAAGGGCGCCAAAGAGAGUUUGACCAUUUUGUGUAGGAAAUACGAAGUGAAGGGAAGAGGGCGCUGGUCUGACUAUACAUAUUCGAAAGCUGCAGCACAUUUUUAGCUUUAUUUUCAUUUCUUCAUGAUGGCACACACGCGCGAGGAAGCUCUGCAGACGACCUCAGACAGUGAGGAAGAGUUUACCUGUUCUUCAGAAGACGACGAAGAUAUGGAGGACGAAAGCUUUCAUUUUAAGAAGCGAUUUGAUAUAACAAAGGAUACAGUUUGUAACGAGAACGUGGCGCCUUCAGGUGCAUAUCGCACAAGGGCAGCAAGUAAGCGUCGUUCAGUUUUCAGUGCUGUUGACAAUCUAAACCAAUGUAAGCGUGACAGUGACCAGAUGUCUGCUGCAAAGAAAGCCAGGACUCUUACAUGGAAAGCAGAGACUGAUGUUGACCGGGUUGCACAGACUCUGAGAUUCCUGCCUGCUCGGGAACCUGGACCGCACUUGUCUGCUGCUGACUCGCGCUCUCCCAUGAGUCUUUUCAAACUGUUUUUCACAGAGAGCGCCGUGACAAACCUGUGCCACAACACAAAUGCUCAGGCUGUCAGGGCAAUUGCAAAUGGCUGCAAGUACAAAUGGACAGAUGUCAGUGUUGAUGAGCUGUACCGCUACAUCGGACUUAUAUUCUACAUGGCUUCGGUGAAGAUGAGCUCCAUCGCUGACUACUGGCGGCAGGACAGUCUUUUCUCUCUGCCUUUUCCCGCCACAGUUAUGCCAAGGCACAGAUACCGCAUCAUUUCCUGGAACUUACACAUGAGUCACCCAGACGCAGACAAGGAAAAUGACAGAAAGAGGGGCACAGCCCAACAUGACCGUCUGUUCAGGAUCAAACCCCUCAUGAACACUAUUCGUCUUGCGUGCAAAGCCUUCUAUCAUCCUAGAAGAAACUUAGCUGUGAAGGAGAGAUUGGUGGCAUGCAGAGCAAAUAUAGGAAUGACGGCGUACAUGAAAGCCAAGCUGACAAAGUUUCAAGUUUGUUGUCCUUUCAGACUCAUCAAAUGGAUAUACUGUGGACUUCUCUGUCUACACGGGCAAGAAUAGCUUUCCUGCAGACCGUGGGCUUUCGUAUGAUGCGGUGAUGUCUCUCCUGGACUGUAAAGUUUUGGGCUCUGGGUACCAUGUGUACAUGGAUGAUUUCUACACGAGUCACAAGCUCUUCACCGACUUGUUUGCUCUGAAGUUUGGUGCUUGUGGGACGUACAGAGACCAGAGGAAGGACUUCCCGAAGACUGCAGCUAAUUCACUGAGCAGAAGCUCCAGCAGGGGAUCCAUCAGGUGGAUUCGGGACGGGCCUCUUGUUUGUGUGAAGUGGAUGGACACGCAAGUAGUGUCUGUUUGUUCCACCAUCCAUGCUGCCUAUACAGGAGAGCAUGUGCAAAGGAAAAUCAAAGCACAAGAUACAUGGAAGACGAAGUCUUAUUCGUGUCCUGCACCUGUGACUGCAUACAACCAGCACAUGGGGGGUGUUGAUCUGUCCGGUCAGCUGCUGCAAUACUACGCUGCGCAGCACAAAACCAUGAAGUGGUACAGAAAAAUCUUCCUACACUUCUUGGACAUUGCCGCCAACAACGCUUUCAUAUUGUACAAAGAGCUGCAAGGCAACAUGACUCACGAUCAGUUCAUGGAGGAGCUUAUCGCAGAGCUCUGUGGCGCGUCACAGAAAGCAGCACCAAAACAGUUUAGCACAGACCACGUGCCAAUUCCAGGAGCUAAACUGACUUCAGACGUCAGAAGAAUUGCUUCUGUCGGUCGCCGGAUCUGUGUGCAUUGCAAAGCAGUGCAUGGAAAGAAGCUACAAACACCUUGGAAAUGCAAGGCUUGUGACGUUCACUUGUGUCUUCAGUUGAACAGAAACUGUUUCCAGGAAUGGCACAAAAGUCUGUGAUUUUGUUGAAAUGUAUCAUAGUUUUUCCUGCUUAUUAUAAACCAUUUUCAGCAUUGUUAAAUAGAAGCUCAUGAUAAUAAUUGAUAACAAAUUGAGUUGAUUUCUGAAGGAUCAUCGGAUUGAUCAAGACUGGAUUUAUGGCGGCUGAAAAUAUAUGGCAUUUAUAGUACUUCACUACAUUACUGUAUUUACAUCUUACUCUAUUUUUGAUCAAAUAAAUUCAAAUAAAUAAA